AUGGCAAUGCAGAUGGCACAAUACCAAGCAAGGAUUGAGAUUGAGGAUGCAGAAUUGUUCAACGCCAAAGAUGAACUUAGGCGGUUUCGGAUGAGGAGAGAGCUUUUUGAAAGCAUCUUGAACGCAUUUGUCAAUCAUGACCACUACUUUGCAAGGAAGAUAGAUGUCACAGGCCGACAAGGUCUAUCACCUCAUCAGAAGCUCAUAUCUGCUUUUUGCAUGCUAGCUAAUAAGUGCUCUACAGACUCAACUGACGAGUAUUGCCGACUUGUGAAGAGUACUGCUAUUGAGAACCUGAAGCACUUCUGUAAGGCAGUUGAAGCCAUAUAUGAAGCCACAUACCUCCGUAGGCCAAAUCGUGAAGACUUAAAGAGGCUUCUAAGCAAGGCAGACAAAAGAGGCUUCCCUGGCAUGAUAGGAAGUCUCGAUUGUAUACAUUAG